UUCAUAUUUGAGAAGUGAGUUUUAUUUUGAAGGAUUUAGAUCGGAAGUGUUUUUGUGGGCAGAACAGACGAGCCAAGAUGGCGGAGUACUUGGCGUCCAUUUUCGGCACAGAAAAGGAUAAGGUAAACUGCUCGUUUUAUUUCAAAAUCGGUGCCUGUCGACAUGGUGAUCGCUGCUCCAGAUUACACAAUAAACCAACUUUCAGCCAGACCAUCACCCUUUUGAAUAUUUACCGUAACCCUCAGAACAGUGCUCAGUCUGCUGAUGGAUUGACCUGUGCCAUCAGUGAUAUGGAGAUGCAGGAGCACUAUGAUGAGUUUUUUGAGGAGGUUUUCACAGAGAUGGAAGAAAAGUAUGGAGAGGUGGAAGAAAUGAACGUAUGUGAUAACCUUGGAGACCAUCUAGUUGGGAAUGUGUAUGUGAAGUUCCGUUAUGAAGAGGAUGCUGAGAAGGCUGUGAUGGACCUGAACAAUCGAUGGUUUAAUGGCCAGCCCAUCCAUGCGGAACUGUCCCCUGUCACAGACUUCAGAGAAGCUUGUUGUCGCCAGUAUGAAAUGGGAGAAUGCACUCGGGGUGGUUUCUGUAACUUCAUGCACCUGAAGCCCAUCUCUCGUGAACUGAGGAGAGAGCUCUACGGGCGCCGGAGGAAAGGCCGUCACAGGUCCCGCUCCCGGUCCAGAGACAGACGAUCUCGCUCGAGGGAUAGAGGGAGAGGAGGAGGCCGUGACCAUGAGCGACGUCGCUCCAGAGACAGAGAGCGUUCAGGAAGAUUCUGAAACAUGAGUUCUGACCACGUGCCACCCCCCAACCCAAUUCUGAGUCCUUUUUUUUUUUUUUUGUAAAGAUUUUGUCCCAAGACUAACAGAAAUGAUUCUUGUGCAGAAGUUGUAUUGGCCAUCAUGACCUUGUGUUUUCUUGAUUUCUGAAAAGUUUCACCUAAUUAAAUUUCAAGUUUUGUACA